AUGAGCACGCCGACAUUUCGCUCGCUGGUCUGCUCGCGGGGCAGGCCAGAGCUCCUCAAGACGGGUCAGGCGCUCAGUAACUACUUUCGCGAGUUUUCCACGACGCAAUCGCUCGCCGACGAUGCCGCCCCCAGCGGCCGCCCCAGCAACGGCGGUAACAGCGACCGAGGACGAGGCAACGCCCGCCAGCGCGGCCGCGCAGCGGCGUCGGCCAUCAACACCAUGGUGAAGAACCGCGGGCCAUCCACCAGCGGACCGCGGCGCGCCGGUGGUGCUCCUGCCGGCGCGGGAGGAGCCCCAGGAGGACCCAAGGUGCUCGACGUCCGCAGCCUGCCCAGGGGUCUGGGCCGCGGCGGCCGAGGCGGACGAGGCGGACGAGGCGGCCGCGGGGGCUUCCAGGGCCGCGGCGACGCCGGCUCCGCAGCCGCAGCCGCAGGCCCAGGAGGCACCAACCGGUUCGCGCCGGGCGGCGGACGUGGACGAGGCGGUGCCCGUGGUGGUCGUGGUGGUCGCGGCGGCAACGGCGCCGUGAGGGGGGGUCGCCGUCCGGAGGGCGAGAAGAGGGAGCCCCGCGCUCCCGGCGCCGGCGCCGGCGGGAAGGACCCGUUCGAGAUCAUGGACCAGGCGGUCCGCUUCCGCCAGCCCGAGCCGUACAGCGACCCGAGCCUGGACGUCGCGGGGCUGCUCGCGCACGCGCCGGCUGUGCCUACCAGCGCGUCCGGGCGCCGCGCGGCCGUCGUGGCGAGCCUGCAGGCGAUGGGCGGCGGCACGAGCGACCUCGUGGGCGCCGCCACCGGGUACCUUCCCAACGGCGGGGGCGGCACCGCCGCGGUGGAGGACCGCGUGCAGAGGGACGGGCUGGCGUUCUUCGCGACGCCGGAGGCGCGCGCCUGGGCGGAGGACCACGCGCAGCAGACCAUGAAGCGCGAGGAGGAGGAGGAGGGCAAGGAGACGACGACGCCCGUGUUCGCGCCGGCGGGCGAGGCGGUGCAGAGGGCGGUGCUCCGCGCGGCCGUGGAGGGCGCGCAUGAGACGCCGCGCUUCGCGACGGACGUCCACGGCAUCGUGCGCGCGCAGCACCUGCGCGCCGGCAGCUACGGGCCCGCCGCGACGGCCAUGUUCGAAAAGAAGCUGCAGAGCCUAGUGGGCGCCCCGAAGCCGGCGGCGGCGACCAAGGAGGCGGCAAAGGCCAAGCCCAAGAAGGCAGCAGAAGCCAAGGAGGCAAAAUCCAAGGAAGCAAAGGCUUGA